UACGCUGGUCAGCAACAACAAAAAAAUGGAGAGGCGCAGCAAAAGAAAACGGAAACCGGAAUCCGACGCCGCCGUCAGUGAAGACACCACCGCCUUCGCCGUCUUACUCUCCGCCCUCUCAUCUCAAAACCCCGACUCCCACCGCCCCUUACUCACCAAAUGCCUCAACAAACUCCGCCGCUCCUUCCACAGCCCCCUCCUCUCUCUCCUCCCCACUCUCCUCACCCGCACCUCCGCUUCCCUCGCCUCCCGCGCCGCCGACAUGGUGGGCUCCGCCGCCCUCGAGUCCCUCGACAUGAACCGCACCAUCGCUUCCGACGCUGACAUCAUCCAUGCCUUGCUCUCCAGGUGCUCCGUCUCCGCCUGCAAUGCUCUUCUCGAUUUGUGCACUACUUGGGUCGGACGACGCCGUUUGAUCGAGUUCUCUGUUCUUCCGACGAUUCUAUUUCGGUUUCUUCGGGUUCGUAAAUAUUCAACAAUUUCAGUUACUGUGUGCUCUGCCUCUGGGGAUAGCAAAGAUGUAAACUCUGUUAGUGUAGGAUUUAAGAUGGAUGAAGUUUCUGUGUUGAUUCUCAAUUCUGCAAUUAUUCUCAUCAAUACCUGUGACAUUGAACAAUUGGAUAAAAUCCCGGGACACCUAUCGCAAGCUUUCUUUGCAUUUAUGAGGAAUCUGUGGGCGAAUGUGCGAAAUGCAAUGUCACUCGCAAGCCCUUUGGAUUCUACACCAGGGGGAGACUUGUAUAUUAGCAACAUUAGAGUUGGUCAUGUGGCCGAAAGCCUGUUCAGGCUUUCCAUUUGUGCGUCUCGGCUCGUCACGCCUUUGCCUUUUCGUGUGGUUGAGAGACGUGUAUUUGGUUUCACUGAGUCGGGUUUUAGAGGUUUUAUGUCUAACCACUGGGAGGUAUCGCCAUUUCUUGUGAGGAGGCUGUCAGCUGGGGUGAAAAUUGAGGAGGAUGAUUUUUUCGGCCCAUUAUCAGUGAAUUUGGUGGGAGCAUAUCCUUCUUUUCUUUCGUCAAUCCUUCCAGGGAUGGUUUCUUGUCUUCCGAUUUCUUCAGACGAGUUAAAUAUCCUUGCAUUUCUGGAAGAGGCGCAGAGCAAAUUGGGUUGUCCUCUAAUUUACCAGCAGGACAUUCGGGUUGUUAAAACGAAAAGCAAGAAGGAGGUGCAUUUCUUUGUGGACAGUCUGGCAUCUUGCUGCAUAAAGGAUCCUCAUUGUCUUAGUGCCGAGGAUGUUUCAAAAUGCGAAGAAGCAUAUAAAGACGGUUAUACAGUUGCGUUACGCGGAAUGGAGUUCCGGUUUGACAGUGUUGCUGCUAUUGCAGAAGGAUUAGCAUCUGUUUUUGGUCAACCAUCUGUAGGUGCUAAUAUGUACUUGACACCACCAAAUUCUCAGGGCUUGGCUUGUCACUAUGAUGACCACUGUGUGUUUGUAUGCCAACUUGUUGGGACUAAGAAAUGGAGAGUUUCUUCUCAGUCAAAUGUUCAGUUACCUCGAUUGUAUGACCCUCUUGAUAGCCUACAUGGUUCAGAAGUUCAGAAUUCAAUGGGUGACUGCAAACAAUAUUUGCUUAGGGAAGGUGAUAUUUUGUAUAUCCCCAGAGGUGUUCUUCAUGAGGCAUGCACUGAGAAUGUUAGUCUUGAUGGGUCUGCUAGCUGUUCCUUACACAUUACACUUGGUAUCGAGGUUGAACCUCCUUUCGAGUGGGAAGGAUUUGUUCAUGUUGCAUUCUUCAGUUGGUACCAGAAGCAAAAACAAGUUAACAAUUCUUUUGAGUCUUCAUCUGGAACCAUUCAUGAUAUAUCUGCGAAUCUCUUCCAUGUUGCCAUUGGGUUGCUAGGUGAUUCUGAUCCUAUCUUUAGGAAGGCUUGCUUGGUUGCUUCAAUCUUUUCCAGUUCACAUACAAAUAACUGGCUUGAUUUAAACCAGAGAAUCAUCUUCUCUCAGCUGAUUGAUAAAAUUAGUACUCAGACAAGGUUCUUGGAAAUGUUCAGGAGCAUAGAAUUAGCAGUCCAGGAAAACAAGGAUUCCUUACAACGAAUUAAAUGGCUCGGUUUUCUCAAUCUGGAUAAGGAAAGCAGUCUAAAUCAUGACCAGAAUAUGCCUUUCAUGGGGAUGAAAAAUUUAUUGUCAUUAUGUAUUCAACACAAAGACAAUGUAGAAGCUGCAUUCCAGCAGCUUAAAUCUGGGUUCUGUGAAAACGUGAUAUUUGAGGAUGCAAUAGUUAGUUAUAAGUUACUGUUAGAUAAAUACAGGAAUGUCAGAAAGCAGUAUAUGAAUGGAAUGGUUUCACUGCACCAUCAAUUGUGAUGUAUCUUA